AUGGGAGUUCAAAUUGGAGAAGGUAAACCCGAUGAUCAAGUCGAAGAAGAUAACCCUUGCAGUUCUACUUCGGCGUUUGACGAUUCUUUGAAGAAGAUUGAGUUGAAACCGCGGAAAGAUCAGAAACAGGACGUGUCCCACUUCUUACGCGGCAAGACAAAAUCCAUUUUGAGUCACCUUUCCAACGAAUUAGCAGAGAAAAGAGGCAUCAAAUGGUUCAUCAGUGUUAAAGUACGAUUCGUCAAACCUAAACCCAAUGGCGAGAGUCUGACUACCGAAUCCCACUUCCGCAGUCUCUGCAUGAAAACAGUAGACCAGCACGAACUGCAUAAUCAACUAGAGGAGGUCAAGCAGAAAAUUACCCAGUCACUAGUUUUAUUUCAAAGAGAAGGAAGUGGUUGGGUAUUAGACGAAAUCCUUCAUCUUGACCUGAGUAUAGCUCAGUAUACUCCAGUAAAAGGAUCCAGCUACAUCCCUCUUCCCAGCAAGAUAAACGCCAAGAAAGCAGUAAUCAACAUCAAGAAUUCUGAUAACAAAUGCUUCAUGUGGUCUGUCCUCGCCGCUCUUCAUCCAGUAAAACAGAGUGCAGAGAGAUUGCAUCAUUAUCAACAGUUUCAAGAUGAACUAGAUUUUGCUGGUAUUGAGUUUCCUGUUACUAUUGACAAGAUUGGAAAAUUUGAGCAUCAGAACAAUAUUUCCAUUAACGUGUUUGGCUUCGAAGACGUGCUUUUUCCAUUGUAUAUCACAAAAGAACACUUUAAUACCCAUGUGAAUCUGUUGUUAUACUCCCAGGGAGAGACUAGACAUUACUGUUUUAUAAAAGAUCUGAAUAAAUUCCUCUACAGUCAAAACCGUCACGAAUCUCGCAUGUUCUUUUGCCGGUAUUGUCUACAUGGAUUUAUCCGAGAGGACCUACUCCAAGAUCAUGAACCACACUGUUGCCAACACGGUCCACAGCGUAUUGAACUCCCUAAUCAAGAUAAUGCUCAACUGUUCUUUAAAGACUACCACAAGCAAUUGAAAGUGCCCUUUGCAAUCUACGCCGACUUCGAAAGUCUUACCACCAAGAUCAACUCAGUUAAUCCUAAUCCUGAAAAAUCCUCCACUGAAAAAUACCAACACCACCAACCUUGUGGAUUUUCCUACAUUGUUAUAUCCGACCAUGCGAAGUACUCCAAAUCACCCGUCGUGUAUCGCGGAGAAGAUGCAGUCGACGAAUUUUUGAAGUGUUUAGAAGAAGAGCAGAAAUAUAUUCAAGAGAAGCUGGAUUGGGUCGAGCCCAUGCGAAUUGAGAGAGAAGAAGAGCAAGCGUUUCAAGAUGCAGUCCAUUGUCAUAUUUGUGAAUAUGAAUUGGGUUCUGACCGUGUUCGUGACCAUUGUCAUCUUUCUGGAAAGUACCGCGGAGCUGCACACAACGAUUGCAAUUUGAACUAUAGUUUUAAUGGUCAAGUACCCGUUAUUCUUCACAAUCUACGCGGUUAUGACUCUCAUCUCAUCAUGCAAGGACUUGGUAAACUCAAAGACAAGAAGAUCAACUGCAUUCCAAACAACACCGAAAAGUACAUCUCCUUCUCCAUCGAUAAUCUGGAUUUUAUCGACUCCCUACAAUUUAUGAAUGCAUCGCUGGAGAAGUUAGUAUCCAAUCUAGCAAAGGAUGGUGUUGACAAGUUCCCCACUCUAAAGAAAUACAUCGACAGCGAUAAAACACCCCUUUUGCUGAGAAAAGGCGUCUACCCCUACGACUACAUGGAUUGUACAGAAAGAUUUGAAGAACCAACUUUACCACCGAAGGAAUCCUUCUACAACGUGUUGAACGACGAACAUAUUUCAGACGAAGAUUACGCACACGCGACGAAUGUAUUUAACAAGUUUUCCUGUCGGAACAUGGGUGAUUACCAUGAUUUGUACUUGACGUCGGACGUUCUUCUCCUUGCAGAUGUGUUUGAAAAUUUUCGAAGCGUGUGCCUCAAAGCCUACAACUUGGAUCCCUGCCAUUUCUACACAAGUCCUGGUCUAGCCUGGCAGGCGUGUUUGAAAAUGACUGAAGUCGAACUCGAAGCUUCUAACUGA